AUGUCGCAGCAAUCAUUCAACGCUGGCCAAACCAGGGGCCAAGCUCAAGAGAAAGCCGAGCAAUGGACUGAGUCUGCCAAGCAGACCGCACAAUCAGCAUGUGACAAGACCGCAGAUGCGGCACAGUCAGCACGUGACAAAGCUGCCGAUCUGACACAAUCAGCACAAAACAAAUCUGCACAAAAAUCUCAUUCCACCCAAGCAUCAGCCCAACAUGGCCAGGAACAAGCUGCUGGCUUUCUCGGCCAGACCGGUGAGAAUGUGAAGAACAUGGCUCAGGGUGCUUUGGACGGUGUUAAGAACAGUCUUGGCAUGAACGAGAAGAAAUGA